CAACUUUUAAACUGCACCUGGAUCGAUACUAUUACAUGUGUGGACUCGUGUGAAGCUGUAAAAUCCGAGCGCCCCUGAAGGCGCCGGUUCUCGGGAUGUUUCGUACCCUCCCUGCCCCUGCUGCUGCUGCCUGCUGCCCAGGCUGGCUGUCGGGGCUCGGGAUGACGCCACCUCUCGCUCCGCCCCGGCGCAAACUCGCUCUUUGCGUUCAUUUCAUUCCUCUUCUCAUUCCGAGCAUUCUUCGCAUCUCUGUCAGUGCGCGAAGCGAUUCACCUACACCUUUCCUGGCUGGCCCAGAAACACCAGAAUAACUUGACAUAGUAUUAAAAAUACCCCGUAACAUCCCAUUACCAAAAGAAAGGGACAUUUUUAUAUGAGAUAUCAAUAACGAGUUGUCGGCUCAGCCGGGAGUUGUUGGGAGAUUUCACCGGAGCAUUUUCGGACCACCUCGGAAGAAAACACACACAGAGUGGGGGAAGACUUGUUGCUUCAACACGUUUGACGGUGCUUUAAAAAAAAAAAAAAAACGCCCAUCGAAGUUUGUGUCUCUCCCUAGUCUGCUCCAGGCUUCUGCUUGGAGAGCCCAACCGCCACGAUUGAUCCCAGCAGCUGGAGUGGCAGCGAGAGCCCUGCCGAGGACAUGGAGCGGAUGAGCGACUCGGCAGACAAGCCUGUAGACAAUGAUGCAGAGGGGGUGUGGAGCCCUGAUAUUGAACAGAGCUUCCAGGAGGCCCUGGCCAUCUAUCCUCCUUGUGGACGCAGGAAGAUCAUCCUCUCUGAUGAGGGAAAGAUGUAUGGUCGAAAUGAGCUGAUAGCCAGAUACAUCAAGCUUCGGACCGGGAAGACGAGGACUCGGAAGCAGGUGUCUAGUCACAUACAGGUCUUAGCAAGAAAGAAAGUUCGAGAAAUCCAAGCUGCCAUUAAGGUACGUCUGGCUUUGCCCAGUUGCAGGGGGCUUUUCAUUGCCAUGGUUACAGGCUCUUCCUUUGUUUUCCUUCCCUCCCUUACCCCGCAGGUGUCUAGUCACAUUCAGGUUCUUGCCAGAAGGAAAUCUCGUGAGUUUCAUUCCAAGCUAAAGGUUACAAGUAUGGACCAAGCAGUGAAGGACAAAGCCCUCCAGAGUAUGGCCUCCAUGUCCUCGGCUCAGAUAGUCUCUGCCACAGCUAUUCACAACAAGCUUGGACUACCAGGCAUCCCACGCCCAGCCUUCCCUGGAGCCGGGUUAUGGCAGGGUAUGAUAUCGACUGGCCAGCCAGGAUCCUCACAAGAUAUUAAGCCUUUCACACAACAAGCCUAUCCCAUCCAGCCAGCAGUCACAACAGCCAUUUCAAGUUAUGAGCCCACAGCAGCUCCAGCUCCCACGGCACCAGCAUGGCAGGGCCGCUCCAUCGGUACCUCCAAACUCCGACUGGUGGAGUUCUCCGCCUUCCUAGAGCAACAGAGAGACCCAGACUCAUACAACAAGCACCUAUUUGUACAUAUCGGACAGACAAAUCAUUCCUACACCGACGCCCUGCUGGAGUCGGUAGACAUUCGUCAGAUUUAUGACAAAUUCCCAGAAAAGAAAGGAGGACUGAAGGAGCUGUACGGAAAAGGUCCCCAGAAUUCCUUCUUCCUUAUAAAAUUCUGGGCUGACUUGAACUGCAACAUUCAAGAUGAUACUGGAUCUUUCUACGGAGUCACAAGUCAGUAUGAGAGCUCAGAGAACAUGACCAUCACAUGUUCAACAAAGGUCUGCUCCUUUGGCAAGCAGGUGGUGGAGAAAGUUGAGACUGAAUAUGCACGGUUUGAGAACGGACGCUUUGUCUACCGGAUAAGCCGAUCACCCAUGUGUGAAUACAUGAUCAACUUCAUCCAUAAGCUAAAACAUCUGCCAGAGAAAUAUAUGAUGAACAGUGUGCUGGAAAACUUCACUAUCUUAUUGGUGGUGACGAACAGGGACACCCAGGAGACGCUGCUAUGUAUGGCGUGUGUGUUUGAAGUUUCAAACAGUGAACACGGCGCCCAGCAUCAUAUCUACAGACUGGUAAAGGAAUGAGAGGCUCUGUACUCCCUGUCCCCCUCCCUUCUUUUCAUAGACUUACCAACCUCAAGACAAGUGGCAGUGCCUCUACCUGAAAGUCACACCUACAAUGCUUUUUGGUCAUGGUAUCGGGUGAAGUCAGUUGUCAUAAAUUUGUUUUUAAUAUAAAGUGUUUGUUAUUUGACUGCAGCUGUGAAUUGCGGUACAGUUGUUUUAUGUUUAAAUAUGGGAAUUCUUGUUUAAAAUAUGUUCAGUUGGUCUCCGUUGGGUAUAAAUGUGGCCGUUCUUAAAGAAUUGACUAGAUUCAUUUGGUAAAUAUAUGUGCUGUCUCUUUCUGCUUUGUUAUGUAGACUAAGAAAAAAAAGGAUGCUGGCCUUUUCUAUCAGCAGCCUAAUGUGGUCUGUGUAAUGCGUUCGAGUGUGUUUUGUAUGUCUGUAGUUCAUCAUUUUGUGAGCAUAAAUACUGUGGAUAUACAGACAUGCACCCACAGCCAAUAGAUUUUCCAAAGAAACCAAACUAACAACACUACAAAGACAGUAGCUGGUAGUAAGCGAUCAUGAAUAUUUGCAAAAUUACUGUUAUUUCUUUAAAAACAACUCAGCUUUCAGUCGUAGAUUUAUCCCUGUUGAAGCACUCUGAGUGUCAGACACUACAAGAAUGAAUGCGCUGUGAAAAUACUACAGACAGACUGCAUCUGCUCCAUAAAUGUAGUAAGUCUCACCACCUGCUAAGCAUUUCUCUGCUGCAAACCAGUCAUUUCUGACAACUGACAGGAGGAGAAUUAGGUUUUAGACAAAAUGACUUGGACGUUCAUCUGGUCCAAAAGCACUUUGUUCCCCUUCCUGAACUUGCCUUAGUGACGCUUACUUCUUUUUUCCCCCCCGUUAGAUCAACAUUUUAAAUAAUCCCAACACUAUAAAUCACUUGAGACAGCAGGCCUUGUUCAACAUGCUGUGGCUUUGCCCCCGUGAAAGACUCUCAGAAUAUCGUUCCCCCUCUGGGAUCGCGGUGUAAUAACUCCAAGCCAGAGUGUUGCUGCCUUCACACUAUGUUCACAUGUUUCUGUGGCCUAAACCAAUCCCCAGCCUUAAACAUGUUAUAGCUGUGUGAACUCCAAAAGAUGCCACUAAAACUGUGAUCUCUACGCAGGAAGACUCUUUAUAUGUUUGCAUUGUGUAAGGAUUUCACAAUAUUAUCUGCCAAAGUGUAGAUGUACAGUGCCUUAGGAUAUACUCUAACAUUACCCUUUGUUUUAGGUCGAAAAUCAGUUUUGUGGAUGAAAACAGGGAAAAAAAAUAACUCACUGGUAUAUUACUUAGUACAUCGUCACAUCUGAGAAAUCAUGUAUAAUUGGUACACUCCUAGAAAUUCAGUUUUUUGUCAUCGUCAAGCAGCAGUACAGUUAUGUUAAAUUAGGUUAUAAUAACAGUAACAGCUAUAAUACAGGUCAUAUUUUUCUCUAACGCUGUAAUAUGUUCCUAAAACAUCAGCCUUUUAGUGAGUGUACUAUAAACACAGACUGACUGCCUUUCCUGUUGUAAAAGACCAAAAAUACAGAGAUACAGUCAAUCUUUUUUGUCCUGGUAGCAAGGAAGUGCCUUUGGUUUUAAAAUUUCCAGCUUCAAAAAGAUCAAAAAGAAAUCAAAAAUUAAAUAUUACUAGACCAAAAAUGAGAGAAGUGAAACCAAUCACCACAUUGCCUUUUUAAAAGGGUUGGAAUGACAGCAGGGGGAAGCUGGUUACUGGUAAAAUAAAUGAUAUAUUGAUUUUUAUUUACAUUGUAAAUUGAUUUCACAAAUGAUGUAUUUGAAGAAAACCUAUUUCUUUGCGUGAGGUCAAAGACUGAAAGACCUGCUGAUAACGUACAGCCGCCGACUGCAUGCAGGAUGUCAACUCAUAGAAACACUGCAGCCGUCUGCUUCGUGCACACUUGCAGGUUCAAGUGUUUUGUUUUGUUUUUGUUUUUUUUUUGGAGACAUCAUGGUUUCCUCUCUGUUGCGACCGCACACUCACACGAUGUGAAAAACCACAGAAAACAUUACACUUUCACAAUGUUACCGUUGAUGAUGCAGACACAGCUGUGAUGUCGACGAGGCAGGGGCCGACACAAGCUUUUAUCAUUUAUUAUCUUUCACAACAAGAAGGUGAAAAUUUAUUUAAUAGUAAUUCUAACAGUACAAAUUGUUUUAAUGUGGUUAAAACUGAAACGUCUUCGAGAAACUCAUUUUUCACAACUGCUAUUGUGGACGAGGCCGUCGAGGUUAAUAUUUUUCACCGUAAGGACCAUAGCUACUCAAACAUUUACUGUUUCUUACAAAACAUUAUAAUCAUCAUCAAGUAUUUUAACCGAAGAAGCUCUAAAUAAUUGCAGACAAUGUCUCUGGUGGAUGCAGAUAAAGUUCAAUCAUUCAGUAUUUUGCCACAGUCCUGUGGACACUGUGGACCUUUAAUAGGCUUUUUUCUUAUGUUUACCCUGUGUAUCUGUUCACAUUUAUUGAUUACUUAGUGAGAUGUUCCUGUUUUCUUAUUGUACUUGUAUACAGUUGUACUCGGUUUUGUGAUGACAUUGUCUGUAUAUUGCAAGCCCAAUAAGAUGGUAAUGAUGUUGCUGCUGCACUGCUGGUACAUUUUGACAUGUCAUUUCAACACUAAAACAGCAGGACUGAUGCCUUUCGAUGGCACGAAUGUCUGGUGGACCAUUUAGAGGGAAAAUGGACACGUUAAUAAAAAUGUAAAAAAAAAAA